AUGUCGAGGUUGUGCGAGUUGGAGCAGAAGCUGAUUGUGCUCGUGACGGGCGACCUGUGGAAGGGGUGGGUGGUGGGGGACAGGGAGGAGGGGGCCGAGAAGUUUGCAAAGGAGGUGAUUGAUACGGCUUGGUGGAAUUCUGCUGCCUUCUUUGUGAAUUUGCUGCAACAACCCUAUAAGGUGAUGCACAUGAUGGAUUCGACUAGACAUGGGAUGAUGGGCCACAUGUACGACCUCAUGCUGCAGCUGUCGGAAGAUAUGGAGAAGGUGCUGGAUGCGGAUGAGCAGCAGCUGAGCAGGGUGGAAAAGUUGCGGAUCUCACGCAUUCUGAAGGACCGCUGGGACAACAGCCUCGCAUGUGCCGUGCACGUGGCUGGCCGGAUCUUGAACCCGCUUAACCAGGACGAGGAAAUAUUCGGGGUCGAUGUGGAGUGCACCAAGGUCUUUAAGGAGUUCAUUGCGCGCGCCCAAGACUUCUACAAAAAGUAUCCUGCCAUGAGUGGAGUGGUGGGGAGGGAGGUGGACUUGGAGGCGGCUGUGACGGCGUACUUGGAGUCGAGGGGGAGUUGUGGGAUGCCAAAGGCUAUGGAGGCCCGGGAGAAGGUGAAGCAAGGGAAGCAGACGAUGGAGCUGUGGUGGAUGUGGCAUUGCACUGAGUGGCCUGAGCUGGCGCGCCUUGCACGUCGUGUUCUGUCCCAGCCCGGGUAUGUCGUGGAGGACGAGGAGGAGGAGGCAGAUGAGGCGGAUCCGAAGGUGCUCGAGGACGAGUACGAGAAGUACCCGAAGAAGCCGUAG